AUGAGGAGCAUAUUGGAAGAGUCGAUGCUGGAAACGCGCAGCACGCCUCUCGAAAAUCGACCGCGACUUCCCCGCAUACCCCUAAGCAAGCGAAAUCGGGCUGUCGUGCGGGCUCUUAACCCAAUGCUGGUGACCUAUUUGGAAGCCAGCCGGGACCUUUGCGAGACGGACUCAUACUUUUUGGCGCCGCACUGGCAGUUUGCCGUAUUAUUGGCGCCAAACUUCCCAUGGCUGGACGCGCUACUCAACAAGGUAGCGCCAUCCCAGCCUGGAGAAAAAGAAUCGAGGACCGUAUCGCAAAGGCAAGGGCCCUUAUCGGCAGACUGA